AGGGUGAAGGAGUGCAUACAAUUGUCGUUUGGUGAUGAGAUUGAUUAUGCGAGUUUCAAGGAUGAUCAAUCAUGACGUGUUUUUUGUUUUUAAUAUGCUAAGUUUAGAAUAAUUUCACAUUGUUUUGUUGCAUUAUUUGUAGCUUAUCUAGCAAGACGCACCCUCUUCGACUCGAGUAUCCUUUACGGGGUCAAUAAUCCGCGAUCAUGGCUCAAACCAUACUAUCUGACCCCAGUCCGCACCACGCAACACCAAACCAGCUAUUCCCAACUUCCCAGUCUCUCUCUGUACAAAACCAGUGUUGUUGACAAAACCAGAAAAACAAACAUUCAUUAAUUGAAACACACUAACAAACAUCUCUAAUGGUGGAAAGAAGGAAGCCAUUGGUGCUUGCUUCCACCAAAGCCCUUCUCAACUCCGUCCUUCAAAAUCCCACCUCCGCAACCAGUAGCGCAGGAGAUGCCAAGGUUGACGAUAAUGCCCUCGCUUUCCCUACAUCUCUUCAGCUACAAGCUGGAAUUCUUCGGUUUCACAAGGAUAAAAUUGGAAUUCCACCCAGAAUUGCUUCUCUUGAUGAUUCUUCCCUUGUUGGUCUCUCUCUUGCUGACCUUAAACGUCUUGCCAUCACUUCAGGCUCUCUGGUGAUUAUCCAGAAUAUUGAGACCAAUGCUCGAAGAAUUGGCCAAGUUGUAGUUCUAGAUCCCCCUCUUUCUGAGGAUGAAGUUUUGCCUGAUGCCGGAGAAGGCACUUGUGCCUCUGAGACAAUGCUUAUAUUACCAUCAUUGACUUUCCACCAAAGCUACCUCCAGCCUUUGAGAAAGAAUGUUGCCUAUCUCUCACCUCUUCUGGCAUUUAAUGUGGACCUUCAUACUUCGUGCUUGACUUCUCUUCUUCGCAAUGGAAAGGAGUCUCUAGCAACUAUAUUUGAUGUUGAUGAGUGUGCAGAGAAAAGUGGACCAGGGCUCGAGAAUUGUUUUGUCAAUUUGAGGCUGGAGCCUUGGCCCCAUGUGCCGCGAUAUGCAUCACAUUUAAGAAUAUCUUUUUUGAAGAUACCCGAGUGUGGUACCAUUGAAUCUCUUAGAGGAAAGUCUCCCAUUGAAGCUGUGGAUCGUCAAGAAAUGAUUGAUUUGGCAUUACAAGAAUAUUUUAAUAUUGAUAGAUAUCUUGCUAAAGAUGAUUUGUUCAGUAUAAAAAUUGACUGGAGUUGCAAUUCGAUCCUGUGUGUCAGUUGUAGCCUGAGAAAGAAGAAUGAUGGAGGUGAUAUUAUUUAUUUCAAGGUUGUUGCCUUGGAUCCUCCAGAGGAACCUAUUCUUCGUGUUAACCGUAAACACACAGCUCUUGUUCUUGGUGGAAGUGCUGCUGCUGCUUUCCCCCCAGAUAUGUUGAUCGCCGAGCCUGCUGGAAUUGCUCCUUUACAGAAAAAUACUAUAAAGGCCCUGGGUUGCAUCCUUACUCCAUCUCUAUGUCCAUCUGUACUUUCAUCCAAAUUCAGUGUCUCUGUCCUACUGCAUGGUUUGGCAGGAUCUGGAAAGAAGACUGUUGUCAAAUAUGUUGCUCGCCGACUUGGUCUGCAUGUGGUAGAGUACAGCUGUAAUGCUUUGAUGGAAGGGUCUGAGAAAAAAGCGUCGUCAUUACUAACUCAGGCCUUCAGUACAGCUCAUAGAUACUCUCCAGCUAUAUUGUUACUGCAGCAUUUUGAUGCCCUCCGCAAUUGGGCAUCCAAUGAGGGUUUGCAAUCUGAUCACAUUGGUAUUAUUUCUGAGGUGGCGUCUGUUAUAAGGAAAUUCACACAGCCGGUUGUCAAGGUUGAGGAUGUACCUUUAGAGGAGAAAUUGAACGGUAUCCCAUUGCAGAGUGCUGAAAGAAUAAGGCGACCCCGGGUCUUGUUGAUUGCAGUAACUGAGAGUACGGAAGGCCUGCCACCUACUGUAAGACGCUGCUUUAGCCAUGAGCUUAAUCUGGAGCCUUUGACUGAAGAAGAAAGAGCUAAAAUGCUAACCAAAUCAUUGCAAAGCAUUCCUGAAAUCUCUGCUGAUGGUGGCUUAGAGCAUGUUGUGAAGGAUUUAGUUGCUCAGACAUCAGGUUAUACACCCAGGGAUUUACGUUCACUAAUUGCUGAUGCUGGAGCCAGUGUGAUCCCCAAAGAUCUUUUCCUAAGUGAACCUGAGAAGACAGUUGAGAAUAAAUUGCUAUCUAAACCUGUUGGAGAGAAUAAUAAUCAGAAUUCAGGGAAAGAAGACUUGUCAAAAGCUUUAGAGCGCUCGAAAAAGAGGAAUGCAUCUGCAUUAGGCGCGCCGAAGGUUCCGAAUAUUAAAUGGGAAGAUGUUGGUGGGCUUGAAGAUGUGAAGAAAGCAAUUCUGGAUACUGUUCAGCUACCUCUGUUACACAAGGAUUUGUUUUCAUCUGGGUUGCGUAAACGUUCUGGGGUUCUUCUUUAUGGUCCUCCAGGCACUGGAAAGACUCUGUUGGCAAAAGCUGUAGCGACAGAAUGCUCUCUAAAUUUCCUAAGCGUAAAAGGACCUGAAUUAAUCAAUAUGUACAUAGGGGAGUCUGAGAAAAAUGUGCGAGACAUUUUUCAAAAGGCUAGGUCAGCACGCCCAUGUGUCAUUUUUUUCGAUGAACUUGAUUCACUUGCCCCAGCUCGAGGUGCUUCCGGUGAUUCUGGGGGAGUUAUGGACAGAGUUGUUUCUCAGAUGCUAGCUGAGAUUGAUGGCCUCAGUGAUUCUACUCAGGACUUGUUUGUAAUUGGGGCAAGCAAUCGUCCUGAUCUUAUUGACCCAGCACUCCUGAGGCCUGGCCGAUUUGACAAGCUUCUCUAUGUUGGGGUUAAUUCUGAUCCAUCUUAUAGAGAGCGAGUCCUUAAAGCACUCACCCGGAAAUUUCAACUGCAUGAAGAUGUCUCUCUUUACUCGAUUGCAAAAAGAUGCCCGCCAAAUUUUACUGGUGCAGAUAUGUAUGCCUUGUGUGCAGAUGCUUGGUUUCAUGCUGCAAAACGGCAGGUCUUGAGUUCAGCUUCAGAUCCAACCAGUGACAAUAGCCAAAUGGACUCCAUUGCUGUGGAAUAUGAGGAUUUCAUUAAGGCUAUCAAAUGGCUGUAACAACUAACAAGAAGCUGCUUUAAAAAAACCAGUUACAAACAUGAGAUAUUCUCUUCAAGUUUGAAAAGUAGGACCGCCUCGUCCACCUGUCACCACAUAACAUUUCGGGGAAGGUGGUAGCUGCUGGAAAACAGAGUACCCUAUCGAGAAAAAUCUGCCAUACCACCUCCAAAGCUAACCUGGGCCCCAAAAUGUUUGGAAGAUGGGACUUUUGGAUAUUUUGGUGAGUUAGGUUGAUGAAUGGAACCACAAACUCAGGGAAUGGCAGCAUGUUUUAGGAGGAUGUGUUGGAAUAAAAGUCCUUUAUGUUUGAUAAAACUCCAAGUUUAUUUUGCUUUUGAAAAUUAUAAUUGCCCCUCGGCUUCUUAGCAAUAAACUUCUAAGGAUACACAACCUCUACCUCGUUGGCGUAGUACAAAGAGAUACAUGAAGAACAUUGUGAUCAUAGACCAAAACAAAAAAUGUGUUUUGUACUCCGUCCGUCCCCUUUUGAUAGUCCCUUAUGGACAAAUUUUAGUCCCAAAAUGUUCACCCCAUUUGCUUUUUCCAACAACUAUUAAUAUUAAUUUUUUACCAAAA